UCCCCCUUUCUCUCCCCUUUCCUUCAACGGGCAAGGUCUUUUUUGAAAGGCUUCUCGGCUUGGCGAGAGCUUUCUUGGAUUCGAGGGUUUCGAACCUCUCGGCCCCCCACCUGGCCAGUUCUCCGGCGAUUCCCGCCCCCGCCCCCUGGCGGAAGGUUCUCGAUUUCUGGAUCCUCUUCGGUUCUUUCUGCCUCUCGCUGGAGGGAUCUUAGUCCUUGAAUUCCUACCGACCGCUCUGGAUUGCAGUUCUUGAUCCAUCCCCGCUUUGAUUCCUCCAGUUGCUUGAUCCGAAACACUGGAAAUCUGAGGGUUCUUGUGGGGUUUAUUGAUUGAGGAUGCGGCGUUGGGGAGGUGAUCCAUGGAGGUGAUGGCGGCUGUGAAGAUAGAGCAGAGCUGUGUGGAGAACAAGCAAUCAGCUGCUGCUUCGAGUUCAUCUCUCUCCGAGGGAAGUUAUGGCUUUUCUAGGAUGUCCCCUGCUGUUUCCAGCCUGGCGACAUCUUCGCCAUCACAUAGGAGGACUAGUGGCCCAAUAAGGCGAGCUAAGGGUGGUUGGACACCCCAAGAGGAUGAGACACUGAGGAAAGCUGUUGAAGCUUACAAGGGAAGAUGUUGGAAGAAAAUAGCUGAGUUUUUUCCUGAUAGAACAGAAGUGCAAUGUCUUCAUCGGUGGCAAAAGGUUCUCAAUCCUGAACUAAUAAAAGGUCCAUGGACUCCAGAGGAAGAUGAACAAAUCAUUACUCUUGUACAGAAGUAUGGGCCAACAAAGUGGUCUGUUAUAGCUAAAUCUCUGCCUGGCCGCAUUGGGAAACAAUGUCGGGAGAGGUGGCAUAAUCAUUUGAACCCUAUGAUAAAAAAGGAUGCUUGGACAGCAGAGGAGGAACUUGCUCUCAUGAAUGCUCACCGCAUACAUGGAAAUAAAUGGGCAGAAAUUGCAAAAGUUUUACCUGGAAGGACUGAUAACUCGAUAAAGAAUCACUGGAAUAGUUCAUUAAAGAAAAAGUUAGACUUCUACUUGGCAACUGGAAAACUUCCGCCGGUUCCAAAUCCUGCUGUGCACGGUGGUUCAAAAGAUAUAGUAAACCAGGCUAGUGGACAAUUAUUUCUUUCUUCAAAUAAAAGGUCAGAUACAAGUACUGAAGCUUUAUCAGAAACUGCUGGUUCAACCCAUUCUUGCCUGCCUUCCGAAUCAAGUAAAUUGGAAGAGCAUAGGGAGUCGUUGGAGUCCAUAACCAUACAAAUUUCUCGUUCAGAAGCUUUUACAGGUGUACAAAUAAUAGGACUUAAUACUUCUGCUGCUGAAUGCCAGGCACCAACCCUGCAAGUGGAUAAUUUGUGCAAUGGAUCUGAUCCAGGAGUAAGGUUGGGGAGUUAUAGUAACACUGGUGAAAUUGAUAAAGAUGACAAGAUACCUGGGAUAGCUCUGCACUCUGAACUUUCUUCUACAUUCGGUUCUCUCUGUUAUAAGCCACCUCAGUUAGAAGAUCUUGGUCUUUCUGUAGCUUCUGCUCUUUUAAGCACAUAUGAUCCCGCUCAGCAGUCAUACAGCUCAGGGACAGUUACAUCCCCCAUUGGCUACUCCACUCCACCCUUUGUGAGUGGAAAGAAUUCAGGUCAGCAUAGUGCUGAAUCUAUAUUAAAGAGUGCAGCUAGGAGCUUUCCUAAUACUCCCUCUAUUUUACGAAGAAGAAAAAGAGAGGGAGGCACACCUCUUCCACCUGAUAUAACUGUACAAACAGAUCGGAUAAAAAUCCAGGACAGUUCUUGUACUCCUAUAGAAGGAAAAUCUAGAAGUGACCCAGAGCCCUUGAAGUCUUCCAAAAGUCCAUGUGGUGAUGGUGGAGUUGUGCCACAUAAUAUUAAGACUUUCAAUGUUUCUCCUCCAUAUCGGUUGAGGUCCAAAAGAACUGCAAUUAUCAAAUCUGUGGAGAAGCAGCUUGAUUUUACAUCGAGGGAAGACAAUAUUGAUGGUAAAGCGAAGUCUCUGGGUUUGGCUAUCAAUGGCAGUUCUCAUAGCGCUGAUUGCAAUGGCAACCUUCCAAUCAUGCAGGGGAGGAAGCUGAGUGAAUGUCCAGUUGGAUUGGAAAGUUUGGCCAAUGACUUGGCCCAUACAACUAAGUUGGGUGUGACCUAAGCACCAACUGUUUGAAGUUUUACAUUGAUCCAGAAGGGUUGAAGCCUCGAGAUGUCUUCAUCACCAGAUGAUAGCUCCAAACAAGAAAAUUUGGGUAAAAAUUUCAUUGCGGAUUGAUAUUCUGGACAAAACCAGUCUCUGCAUCAUACAGAGUGGUGAGAAAAUCUAAGAAGCUUGCAUGUUCCACUGUUAACAGUUUGGAUAACAUCUCAUGUUGCAUGUAAUUUUUUCAGUACAGAACCAGGAUCUACAUAAAGUCAAGAUGUUCAGACGUUAGAAAAGGAAUAACUUGUACAUAGACCUUCACAAAAAGAUAAGUGGCUUUAGAACCUUUUAGUUGAAUAAGAGGUUCGGGUAGAAUUAUAUGCAUCACCCUUUCUUUCUAA